CGUCUGCAGUGGGUAACGUUUUGUAGUACCCCGCCCAGUGGGCAGGCAUGCACCGUGCAGGCAUCAGGGGCGGUAGACAGUGAAAUCCCCGAGCUAGUAGCAGGCUGGAGUGAGCAGGACAGGCACGGUAGGAGGCAUAUGAGGAGCUCCGCGAGGUGACGGGACCUGCACCCACCGCACCGGACGACGAGCGCCUUUCCUCAGACGGACGACGCUUCCUCAGCAACUAGUGGGGAAACUUCCUCCUGAUACGUUCUGUGCUGCGGAGACAUGGGUGACGGCAGUGAGGGCAUUACGUUCUCGGUGCCCGUGUCCCCGCUGCCCCAGGCAAGCUUUUGCAUGUAUGAAGACAAGCCUUGCCCCAGACAGCAGGGGGCAGCAGCGGCACCAAGUAGGGGCGGCAGGCUCCCCGUAGCUGGCAGCUUCUGGCAUGAAGACUACAUACACGCCGCUGGCGGGGGAGGCGCUGCGGGCCGGUGCGCUAAGGGCUUCACCUCGGUUGGGACCCCUGCCACCUCCAAUCGCAGUAUAACGGUGGUCUAUGUUAUCAAUGAGGGCACCUCGGGGAUGCAAGUGUGUGAGAACGCUGCCCUGCACAGUCUCCAGGAGGCGUGCGAGAGCCAGGGGGCAACACUGGAGACGCUGCAGUUCGGCAAGCUUGACUUCGGGGAGACCACCGUGCUUGAUCAAUUCUAUAACGCAGGCACAGGCAUUGAGCUGCAUAAAGAGGAGGCAAGGAAGCUAGGCAAGCCAGCUCCCACUUCCAUAGCAAUACAGCAUCGGGUGGAUUACUACAUUGCGGUGGUAGAAAUGACAGAUGCUUUUCGCCAGCCUUCUCUGUUUUAUCACCUUGGCGUUCGAGAAAGCUUUAGCAUGGCCAAUAAUAUCAUCCUAUAUUGUGACACAAAUUCUGAAACUCUACAGUCCCUUAAGGAAAUCAUUUGUCAAAAGAACAAUAUGUGCACGGCUAACUACACAUUUGUUCCUUACAUGAUCACACCCCAUAAUAAAGUGUUUUGCUGUGAAUCAAGCGUCAUGAAAGGACUGACUGAGUUAAUGCAGCCUAACUUUGAAUUGCUCCUUGGACCUAUUUGUUUGCCCUUGGUGGAUCGCUUUAUAAAGGUGUUAAAGAUGGCACAGGCCAGCUCAUGCCAAUACUUCAGAGAAGCCAUUCUAAAUGACAUUAGGCGUGCACGCAACCAAUACACUGGAAAAGAGCUAGCUGCCGAGUUGACAAGGAUACGACAUCGUGUAGACAACAUUGAAGUUUUGUCCCCUGACAUCAUUAUAAAUUUGCUCUUGUCCUAUAGAGACAUCCAGGAUUACGAUUCCAUUGUAAAACUAGUUGAGACGUUAGAAAGACUGCCAACCUUUGAUUUGUCCUCUCAUCUUCAUGUGAAGUUUCAUUAUGCAUUUGCCCUAAACAGGCGGAAGCUGCCUGGUGAUAGGAAGAGAGCUCUUGAGAUUAUGUUACCUAUGGUGCAACAUGAAGACCAGGUUGCUUCUGAUAUCUUCUGCCUGGUAGGAAGAAUCUUUAAAGAUAUGUUUCUUGAUUCUAACUUCACUGAUGAGGAGAGCCGAGACAAAGGCAUAUACUGGUACGGAAGGGCAUUUGAGUCUGAGCCAACUAUUCAGUCUGGAAUUAAUUAUGCAGUUCUCCUCUUGGCAGCUGGACAUCAGUUUGAUUCUUCAUUUGAACUUCGUAAAAUCGGAGUGAAAAUUAGUAGUCUGCUGGGUAAAAAAGGGAACCUAGAAAAACUUCAGAGCUACUGGGAUGUUGGAUACUAUAUGGGAGCUAGUGUAUUAGCAAAUGACCACACAAAAGUAAUCCAAGCUGCAGAAAAACUAUUUAAGAUGAAGACACCUGCAUGGUACUUGAGCUCUGUGGUAGAGACUAUACUGAUUUACCAAAAAUAUAAAAAACCAAACUUGGAGAAACAUGUAUCCAAACAAGAGCUGGUUGAUUUUUGGAUGGAUUUUCUAGUUGAGUCUACAAAUACAGAUGUGUCUGUAGUGCGAUUCCCAGUGUUGAUCCUUGAACCUACAAAGAUCUACCAUCCAUCCUAUCUUUCCAUCAACACUGAAGUUGAUGAGAAAACAAUUUCUAUUUGGCAUGUGCUUCCUGAUGAUAAGAAAGGAUAUCAUGAGUGGAAUUUCUCAGCCUCUUCCAUCAGAGGUGUAAGCAUCUCAAAGUUUGAAGAGAGGUGCUGUUUUCUGUAUGUGCUACACAACUCCGAUGACUUUCAGAUCUACUUUUGUACAGAACUUCACUGUAAAAAGUUUUUUGAUAUGGUGAAUAGCAUCACUGAAGAAAAUGGAAAAAACACUGAUGAAGUAGAUUGUGACGGAGAUUCCUUGGAAUUUGAUUACGAAUAUGAUGAAAAUGGGGACAGAGUGGUGUUGGGUAAAGGUACACAUGGAGUGGUUUAUGCAGGACGCGACCUCAGUAACCAAGUCAGGAUAGCUAUAAAGGAGGUACCUGAGAGGGACAGCAGGUACUCACAGCCACUCCAUGAAGAGAUUGCACUUCACAAACAUCUUAAGCACAAGAAUAUUGUUCAGUAUUUGGGUUCUUUUAGUGAAAAUGGCUUUAUUAAGAUUUUUAUGGAGCAGGUACCAGGAGGAAGCCUUUCUGCUCUUCUGCGAUCAAAAUGGGGACCUUUGAAAGACAAUGAACAAACAGUUGGAUUUUAUACCAAACAGAUUCUUGAAGGCUUGAAAUAUCUUCAUGAUAAUCAAAUAGUGCAUCGAGACAUAAAGGGUGAUAAUGUCUUAAUAAACACAUAUAGUGGGGUGCUGAAAAUCUCAGAUUUUGGUACAUCAAAGAGGCUUGCUGGUAUCAACCCAAAUACAGAGACAUUUACUGGCACUCUUCAGUACAUGGCUCCAGAAAUAAUAGAUAAAGGCCCAAGGGGAUAUGGGAAGCCUGCAGACAUUUGGUCCUUGGGCUGCACAGUAAUAGAAAUGGCUACAGGGAAGCCUCCUUUUUAUGAACUUGGAGAACCACAAGCCGCCAUGUUUAAAGUUGGAAUGUUUAAAAUCCAUCCAGAAAUCCCAGAAUCUAUGUCUGCAGAAGCCAAGGCCUUUCUUCUGAAGUGUUUUGAGCCAGACCCUGUGAAACGUGCCACUACUUCUGAGCUACUUAUAGAUGAAUUCUUGAAAGUUUCAAGUAAAAAACGGAAGUCUAAUCUUAAACUAACAGCCCUCUCACCUGGGUCAAAUGAGUAUCUGAGAAGUAUAUCAUUGCCUGUACCAGUGUUGGUGGAAGAUACAAGUAGUAGUAGUGAAUAUGGAUCAGUAUCGCCAGAUACAGAUCUGAGAACAGAACCUUUCAGCUUUACAUCAAGAACAAAAUCUUACAUUGAAAAAGAAGGGAAAAUCAAAAGAGGUUUAUUUCUUGGAAUUCCAGAUGAGCUGUUUGAAGAUCACAGUGCUCCUCCCUCACCUGAAGAAAGAGACCCUGGAUUCUUCAUGUUGAAGAAGGACAGUGAACGAAGGGCUACACUGCAUCGCAUACUGACUGAAGAUCAAGACACUGUUGUUAAAAAUCUGAUGAAAGCACUUGGUCAGGGAACAGAAGAAACCAAAUUAAAGUGGGAACAUAUUACAACCCUGGUGACAAGCUUACGAGAAUUUGUGAGAUCCACUGACCGGAAGAUUAUUGCUUCUACUCUUUCAAAACUGAAACUGGAGCUUGACUUUGAUAGCCAUGCCAUUAGUCAACUGCAAGUGGUGCUGUUUGGUUUUCAAGAUGCGGUCAACAAAGUUCUUCGCAACCACAAUAUCAAACCCCACUGGAUGUUUGCUCUUGACAGUAUAAUUCGAAAGGCAGUGCAAAUUGCCAUUACCACAUUAGUACCAGAGCUACGACCACAUUUUAGUAUUGCUUCUGAAAGUGACCCAGCAGAUCAAGAUGAUCUUGAGGUGGAGGAAGAUCCUAAUGCACUCACUACACAACAAGCCAGUGAGGUGCCUAGUGCAGUGAAUGAGGAUAACGUGCAUACCUCUGGAGUAAGCACUCUUAGUUCCACUGUGUCCCAUGACUCUCAAAAUGCUCAGCGAUCGCUUAAUAUGCAACUGGGGAGGUUAAAAAUUGAGUCAAACAGGCUUCUUGAGGAACUUUUACAAAAAGAGAGAGAAUUUCAAGCAUUACUACGUCAGGCUAUUGAAGAAAAGGAUCAAGAGAUCAAACGACUUCAGCAACGGUCACAGCCAAUAAAUAUCCCUGGUAUUUCAGUGUCACACAUAAGAACUCCCAAUACAUGCAGUGAAGACCUAGAACUCAUCUAUUGGCUGCGACAACACCAAGUUGAUGAGGAUACAAUAAACAAGUUUCUGGCAGAAGACUAUACACUGGAGGAUAUACUCUGGCAUGUUAGCAGAGAUGAUUUAAAAUCCAUGAAUCUAAGGGGAGGGAUGUUAUGUGCAAUCUGGAAGGCUAUUUUGGACGUCAGAGCAAAGCAGUGUUCUUGACACACUGUCUCCCUGAAGCCUGAAUUCCUGGUAGAGUGAUGCUGCUGCACUUUAUCAAACUGUUUCUUGAGCAAUGUGAAAUCAUUGUAUAAUCCCAAGUAGUCUGUCUUGCUGCUUACUGAAAAGUGGAUCUGUGAAUGGGACACAGAAUAAUGUAGUCUAAAUAUUUCAAGCUGUACAUACAGUUCUUCCAUUUUACUGUAAAGUGUGACUGCAAGUUGCUUUACUGAUGAGUGACAAAGGGAAUUACAUGAUUUGUCUGUUCUUUAAAAUGUGAGUUCAUAUGUAAAUUUACCAGCCUUUUAAUUUUUCUUUAAUAAAAAAAAAAAAAAAAUCCUACACUUUGGAUUGUAGGACACUGGGAAUAUUCUAAUAUAUCAUAGUUACAUUUACCUUUUUUUUUUUUUUUUUUUUUAUUACUCCACACACUGUUUUAAUUGAUGGUUUAGGCAAAAGAGUGAUGCCGUUUCUUUUAUUUUUUAUUUUUUUAAAUGUGCAUUUGUUUUUCACCUCAACAAUAUCAAACUGUACCAGUUCAACAUUCCCUAUGUACAAAGAAACAAUGUUGGCUUGUUCUAAAGCUAUUGUGAUAUGUCUCACUAAUAAACAUCUGAUAAACA